AUGACUGCAUUGCUGCUGUUUCUCGUGAGCGUUGCUAUUGCGCUGAUUGGAGCUGGCAUAGGGCGCCACUAUAGCUACUGGCGACGUCGUAGUGUAAGCGGUCCCAGACCCGGUUGGCUACUAUGUGGCAGCCUGUCGGAUUUUGUGCGAGGCCGUCAGUCAUAUGGCGAUAUCUACGUACAGCUUUACAAGUCUUGGCGUACUUGGCGCUACGUGGGCAUUUAUCGUCUCUUCAAUGAGCCCGCCAUCCUGGUCAGAGAUCAGGAGAUGCUGCGCGAGCUGCUCAUCGGCCACUUUUCGCACUGUGCUGACAAUGCGGUGUGCGUGGACGCCAAGCGGGAUGCCAUUGUGAGCCAUAAUCCGUUUAUAGCCAGUGGGGAGCAUUGGAGGAAGAUGCGGAGCGAGCUCAUGCCACUCUUCACGCCGCGCCGGUUACGCCAGACGUUGCCACACAUUGGCGCUGCUUGUGCACAGUUGCGGGACUAUGUGGAGCAGUAUUUGCCAGGUGAGCGCUUUGAGGCCAAGGACCUUGCCACACGGUACACGCUUCAGGUGGUGGCCUCGGUGGUCUUUGGUUUGGAUGCCAAAUGCUUUGAGCCCAGACAGAAUGGUGAAAUGGAGGGGGAGUGGUUCUCGCUGCUUGGACCGCUAUUUCAACCAAACCCCCUGAGUCUGCUGGAGACCAUAGCACUGUUGCAUUCACCCACCAUAGGUCGAAUCCUGGGGUAUCGGUACAUGCCGCUCAACUUGCAACAUUGGUUGAGCAGGAUUGUGAAACAGUUGCUGCAGAGCUGCAUCGGCCGCCAAAUCGAUGGCAAUGCCAGCUUUAUUCAAUCACUGGUGGAUGCACGACAACGGGCCAACUUGCCAGUGGAUGUGAAAACAAUAAUUGGCCAUUGCAGUACUCUGCUGCUGGAAGGCUACGAAACGUCCGCCUCCCUCUUGGCCUUUGCACUUUACGAGCUGGCGCGCCAUGAGCCGGCACAGCAGCGUCUGCAGGCAGACAUUGAUGCCUUGUCGGCUAAAAAUGAUGGUCAAUUACAUAGGCCCGAGGCACUUACCUCCCUGGCGUAUGCGGAGGCGACGCUGUACGAAACACUGCGCCUACAUCCGGCCAUGUCCACGCUGCAGAAGAGAUGCACAAAGCCGUUCGUGCUGCCGUCACAGAAUCCGGAAGGUCGCAGCUUUUUUCAGGAGGUUGCGGGUCCGGAGGCCGAAUACACAGAAGCUAAUAGAGAUACCCAGGAAGUGCAUAUUCCAGUAGGCAUGGUAUUCGUCAUACCCGUACAGGCUAUACACCAUGAUCCCAUGAUUUACCCGGAACCGCAACUAUUUCAACCGGAGCGCUUUCUGUCGCAGGCGCCACUGGGCUGCCGUUUUCUCGGCUUUGGCGAGGGUCCACGCAUGUGUCCGGGGAUGCGUUUCGGGCUGGCACAGACCCAAGCAGCUUUGGUCACGCUAUUGCAGGACUACUCUGUGCGGUUGGCCGAAGGGGAAAGUUCCAGCCCGGUAGAGCAUUCGCCGGUCACCUUUCUGACGGCCAGCAAAGAGGGUAUUUGGCUGCGACUGGAACCAAGAUGAGUGGGUGGAUCUACACUUAACCACAGCAGUCAGUCGCAUGCAAUUGCAAAAGUUGUUCGUCUUGG